AUGAAUAUUUCAUCUGAUGAUAGUCUAAAUCACAACAAGGAAGAAAAAUCAGUGGAGUUAACCGACAUAAUUGGACAUUGGGGUAAAUGGCAGUUGAUUCUGAUGAUAUCUCUUAUUUACAUUACUAUACCUAGCUCAUGGUAUAAUUUAGGAAUGACUUUCUUGGCACCGAAUGUCGAUCAUUGGUGUGCAAAACCAUCGGAAUUUUCCAAUAUGUCGACGGCUGAAUGGAAAAAUUAUAGCAUUCCCAUAGAAAUAAACAACAAUAAACAAUCUUACAGCAAGUGUGAAAUGUAUAGUUCCAUGGAGAAAGAAAAUAGAACUCGAAUACCGUGCAAAUCAUGGGAUUACGAUCAUUCAUUUUACAGAUCCACCAUAGUCGACAAAUGGGAUUUAGUAUGUGAGAAAUCUUGGUUACCAUCUUUUGCUCAAUCCCUUUAUUUUAUCGGAUAUUUAAUAAGUGUUCCCAUCGGUGGGCAGUUAUCAGACAAAUUUGGAAGGAAGCCCAUUCUUUAUUUAUGCUUAAUAUGGGCAUCUGUCUUUGGCAUGAUAUCUACUUUUUCUCAAAAUUUCUGGUUAUUUACAAUAAGUAAAUUUUUUCUUGCAUUUGGAAGAGCAUCUGCAUUUUUAUCCCUAUAUGUGCUUUUACUAGAAAUUGCUGGAAAAGAAUAUAGAGUUAUCGUUGGAUUAUUUGAUAAAGUAGGAUGGGCACUAGGACAAAUUAUCCUUCCAGGGAUUUUUUGGUUUCUGAGGGAUUGGUUUUAUCAAGAAUUGAUAUCUGUUUUAUUCUAUAUUAUUUUUCUUCCUUNGAUAUCGACUAAUCUAGCCUAUUACGGAUUAACUUUCUCAGCUGAUAAUAUUGGAAUAAAUGUUUUGCUGUUCUUCUUUCUAUCAGCCUUAAUAGCAAUACCGGCAGGAUUCUUCUAUUUUUUCACUCAGAGACUUAUUGGUAGAAGAUACACACAAAUUGCUUCUAUGUUAAUAACUGGAUUGGCAUGCCUUAGUGCUAUUGCUAUCCCCGAAGACAUUCCUAUCGCUAUCACUGCUUUGGCAGUAAUUUCGAAGUUUGGGCUAUCUGUAUCCUUCGAAUCUGCUUAUUUAUUAUCUUCGGAAAUCUACCCCACUGUCGUUCGUAAUGUGGGAUUAGGAUCGUGUUCCAUGAUGGGAAGAGUAGGAGCUGUAAUUGCUCCCUUCAUGAAAGAAGCGUCAGACCAAGUGCAUAGAUUUUUACCGUUAGGAUUAUUUGGUUCGAUAUCUCUUAUUGGAGCUGCUUUGGUAUUAUUCUUACCAGAAACUAAAGAUUCAGAAUUAACAGAUACAUUGGCACAAGGAGAAGUUAUAGGAAGCCAUUCAAGUAUUAUUCGAUCAAAAAAAUCAGAAAGUGGAGAAUAA